UCCUCCAACUUCAUUCUGACCACUUCGCGGUUCGCGCAUUGACCUCACUGCUCGCUGCAAACAUGGCGGACGCCAGUGAUCCCCUUCUCGCCCUCCGAGAGGCCAUCAAGUCAAAGUCCCCCAUCACCUUCAGCAAAGACGGCGCGCCGGUGCCCACCCUCGCCUCAGCUACCCACAUUCACCUCUCACCAUCGCUCACCCUCCCCCGCUCGACCCCCACGCGAUGGAAGAAAACUGGAAAUGAAACGUACACGCUCGACGCUCUAUACCUUGUGCACCAGUUGCAAGGUGCCUCCGGUGGCGAGUACAUGAAGCAGGCGCGCGAGAACGGCAUGACUGUGGGCAUGGUCAGCAUUACGGAGCGGAAGGCCGUGCUGGACUACUUGGAGGGACGUAUAGAAGACCAUCCGAGCAUCAUACAUAAGGAUGCAGGCAAAGGCGAAGGAUCUGCGGCGGCUGGGGCUACAACAUCGCCACAGAAGCGGCGACACUACGUCCCCGAUGCAAAAGACGUGCAGAUCGUCAAGCGCAUGCGACAGAAUGAGGUGGAGCUUGAGGACCGGAGCACGGUUCUGCGCGGGCAGAAACUGAAUGACUUCACCAAUAUCCGCAAUGUAUACGCCGAAAAGCUCAAAAAGCUUAAGGACUCUAGCAAGACCGGCGCAGCAGUACCCGCGCCCGCGGUUGGACUAGAACCCAAAGCCCGUGUCCACGGCGCGCCUAUCAUCCUCGUCUCCUCCUCCCCGACUGCGCUGAUAACUAUGUACAACGUGCAGCGCUUCCUGGGCGAGGCCGUAUUCGAAACCUCGCAAGAGGCGCGCCAAAAAGCGGGCAACAGCCGCCCGCCAGAGUUGAUUCAUAUCUAUCGCAAGGUGGAUGUGCCGAGCAACGACGGUACGACGGCGAUGAGACAAGCGACACGACGAUAUGCGGUCUACGACAAUGCGGAGAAGAUGCCCCCAGAUGGCUGGGAUCGCGUCGUCUGCGUUCUCACUACUGGCCAGGCCUGGCAAUUCCGCCCGUACAAGUGGAGCGAGCCGAGGACGUUGUUCCAUCAUGUCAAAGGCAUGCACGUCAGCUGGGCGAACGACCCGCCAAACCCAAAGAUCGCGGACUGGAAUGUAACGGAGAUCAAGAUUGACAAGCACCGGCGACACGUCGACAAGUCUACCGUCGCGCACUUCUGGCGCGUACUCGACAGUUGGAUGGGCAUGAACAAGCCGGCGCUGAUGAGGACGCAGUAGUCAAGGUUUAUGUAGCCAAUUCCCAUCUGACACUACCGGCCUUCAUCUCAUGCUCAUACGGCUGUUUUGACCUUUGUUCUUGUGC